AUGGACACGCAGCAGCAGGCGCCCGUGCCGCAGCUGCAGCAGGUGCCGCAGCAGCAGCUGCAGGGCGACGCCAACGACGGCGUCGACCCCGCCGAGGCCGCGCGCCAGAGCCGCAAGGAGAACCGCGUCUACGUCGGCAACCUCAGCUACGAGGUGCGCAGCAAUCACCUCAAGGACUUCAUGCGCGAGGCUGGCAAUGUCGUCUUUGUCGAGGUGCUCUCGCUGCCCAACGGCAUGAGCAAGGGCUGCGGCAUCGUCGAGUACAGCUCGCAGGAGGAGGCACAGCGCGCCAUCAAGGAGCUGAGCGACACGCCGCUGCUCGGCCGUCCCGUCUUCGUGCGCGAGGACCGGGAGCAAGAGGCUCGCUACGGCGCCCCGCCGAUUGUGGGCCGCGGCUUCGCUCGCGGUGGCUUUGCCGGCGGACGCGGCGGCUUCGGUGGCCCGCCGGGCCGCGGUGGCUUCGGCGGCGGCUUUGGCGGAGGCUUCGGCGGCCCGCCGCCGAUCGCUGCGGCGCCUGGCUGCCAGCUGUACAUCGGCAACCUGCCGUUCCAGGCCGGCUGGCAGGAGCUGAAGGACCUCUUCCGCUCCGCGGGCAACAUCGUGCGCGCCGACAUCAACAUCGGGCACGACGGGCGUCCCAAGGGCUCGGGCAUCGUCGUCUUUGCCACGCCCGAGGAUGCGCAGAACGCCAUCAACAUGUACAACGGCUUUGACUGGAACGGCCGGCCCAUCGAGGUGCGCGAGGACCGCUUCGCCUCGGGCGCCCACGGCGGCUUCCAGGGCGGCCCGCAGGGCGGCUUCGCGGCGCACCCGGGCUUCCAGGGCGGCUACGGUGGCGGCUUUCAGGGUGGCUACGGCGGCGGCUUUGGUGGUCCGCGCGGCGGCUUCCAGGGAGGCUUCGGCGGCCCGCGCGGCGGCUUCCGUGGAGGCUUUGGCGGCGGCUUUGGCGCCCCGCGCGGAGGCUUCCAGGGCGGCUACGGCGGACACGGCGGCUUCCAGGGCGCCGUGGCGCUGCCGCCGGCCGAGCCGAGCCAGCAGAUCUUUGUCAAGAACCUGCCGUGGUCGACGUCGAACGAGGACCUGGUGGAGCUCUUCCAGACGACGGGCAAGGUCGACGAGGCCGAGAUUCUCUUUGAGCACGGCCGCUCCAAGGGCGUCGGCGUCGUGCAGUUCGCCACCGUCGGCGAGGCAGAGACGGCCAUUGCCAAGUUCAACAGCUACCUCUACGGCGGCCGCAGCCUCGAGAUCGAGUUCAACCGGGCGUGGCGCGACUUUGCCGGCCUGCGCGCGAGCGGCGAUGUCGCCAUGGUCUGAGCUGGGCCUGGUCGGGCGCGGCGCAUGGGCAUCAGGCGCUGCUGCACGAGUGUCAAAAUGAAGCUUGCU